AAUGCCAAUAACGGUGAUCUGACAUAAUUCUGUAGCCUUGCUCUCACGAGUAGCUCCACUGGACGAGCCGCGCCAUCCAGAACAGAACCUUCGUCAUUCCGCGAAGUCUCAUAGAUCUGUCCAAGUUUUGCAUACAAGACGUCGAGCUUUAGCUUGUCAGUCGUCUCCUACUUGCUCGUGAGUGGUCGAGGCGACGAAGAAGUUUCGCAGCAGCCUGCUGAGAAAAGGGGAAGUGUCGCCGGAGAAAUUCAGUAACAGCACAGCAGAAAGCAGAAACCGCUUAUAUUGAGGACAGUACCGCCAUGGAUCUUCACACGGCCGCGCGGAGCGGCGAUUUGGAGGCGGCUCGGCGGCUGAUAGUGGUGGAGGGCGUGGACGUCAACGCUCGCGAUAAACUGAACCGCACCCCUCUCCAUCUGGCAGCCUGGGCGGGCCAUGCUGACGUCAUAACCUUACUUUGUGCCAGCAAGGCGGCAGUCAACGCCGCAGCAGCUGACGACACGUCAGCACUCCACUUCGCGGCCCAAAAGGGCCACGUCAGCGCCACGCGUGCGCUGCUGUCCGAAGGAGCGAAAGCCAAUGCUGCCACUAGAAAGGGGAUGACUGCGCUGCACUUUGCAGCUUCCAAGAACUUUCCGGAAGUAGUUAGGGUACUAGCAAGGAAGGGAGGUACGAACCUGCUAGGUAUGCGGACUAAAAGUGGGGAGAAAGCAACGGAUCUAGCUAAGACCGAGGAGAUUAAGAGACUAUUGGAAGAGCUAGAGACGGAAUUGGCUAGCAGCAGCAGUGGCAAGGGCAAGGAGAGAGGGAAGAAAGCAGGGAGAGGGGAUGGAGAUAUAGCAGAGAAAGCAGAGGAUGACAGAAAAGAGGCACAAAGAGGGGAGGGUGGGGAAGGGGAGGAAGGACAACAGGAGGGAGGGGUUGAGAGGAGUGCAGAGGUUCGAGCGGAGCAGGAGGGGCGAACAGAGAGUGCAGUUGCAACUGCUGGGGCAGAAGAGGGGGAACGAGAUGGUGAAGGGAAGGAGAGGGCAAGUAGGAGACAGGAGGAAGGGGAGUGGGGUGGUCAGGGGAAGGGAAAGGGGCAGGGGGAGGAGGGGGGGGACGGCGGAGGAGCAGACAAGGGAGGGAAGAGGAAGGAAGGCGGAUCUGAGCAGCAGCAGGAGAUUGGGCCGGCAAAGAAGCCCAAGAUUGGAUUGUCGCAUUUGAGUGCUGAUGUGGACGAUGCAUGGGAGGAGGAAGAGGGCUGACUGACUACCGUCUGUCAAGACUCAUUGUGGGAGACUGACAUAAUAGGCAGGUUCUUCUGAUUGACAUCCGCUCUUUGCUGCUACGGUAUACCUAGCACUACAGUAAAUGAUUUUCGUUUAGUAUUGCACUGGCUCAUAC